AUGGCUUCAACGACCACGAAGAACGUGCAGAGUCCAAUUGCAUUGAAUCAGCGUUCGACCGUGAUCAGGGAUGGAAUUCAACCGCUGGACUACUUUGGACAUUGGGACGGUUUGGGCAAGGCGAAGAUGGUAAACACUGGAUCGUCGGUAAUGAUUACCUUCAGCGAUCGCCCUUUUCAACCAUUUAUCGUCGGUGGCGUCCUGGGCAACAAGUACGUUUUCGAGCAGCUACACUUCCACUGGGGCAUUGGGGACGGUUCCGGCUGUGAACAUACGCUAGAAGGCAGCACCUACUCGAUGGAGGCACACGCCGUACAUUACAACGCCAAAUACGGAAGUUUCGCGGAAGCGGUCGACAAGCCGGACGGUUUGGCCGUGCUCGGGUUUUUCGUGCAGGCGUACGGCAAUGACGAUUGUCCAGCGUUCGACAAGAUCGUGGCUGGUUUGAAGUACAUCCGCAGCCCGAAUGCGCAAACAGAAAUCGAUGCGGACUGUCUCGCGUGGAUGGGAAUGCAGGAACUGAACCGACACUACUAUACGUACAAAGGUUCUUUAACGACGCCACCGUACUUCGAGAGCGUUACUUGGCUGGUGUACAAAACGCCGAUCUACGUUUCUAGCGGUCAGUUGGAAGCAUUCCGGCAGCUGCAGGCUUGCCCAAAGGAUAGUAGCAAAAAAAUCGUUAACAACUUCCGGCCAGUGCAGGUGCCCGAACAAGUGCCGGAGGUAGUUUUUGUGAGAAACAAUCAUCCCGUAGUGCUUUCGAAACUGUAG